UCAAUGCUGCCUUUGGUACUUACUUUUAGACAUUCUGUGACAGGCAACCUGUUCAGCGAGACCGCCAUGUUUCCGUUUCGUUCCGCCUGCCGAUCAGCUGAUGUCAGUCACGUGGUAGAAAUGAGCUGCGUUCAAAUCACUGGGGGAAAUGCCCUUCGCCGUCUCCACUGGCUUCUAAGUCAUAGCACGGUAGUGGAUGGAAUACUGUGCUGCACAUACCAGGAUAUGUCUGUUCGGUGGUUCUGUUGAUGAACGUCUCGCAGCCUAUUGACAGCUGCUCGUACUGCAUACGGGGCUUCGUGUCGCAGGCUGGCUCUCGGUGUACAAACGGGGAUGUGACCGAAGCCACACGGUAGCCGCUGUGGCUUCGCUCUAAGACAGCGUGUGGAAACUACCAGCCGGGAUGAGGACAUUGUGAAAGUCCAGUGUGGAGCACAAAAGAGGGGGCAGCCACUCUCACAGCUCAGCUAGAGUGUCUGCAAAUGGAGCGGCUCCACUGGGUGCAACAUCGUUGUCGGGAGAUGCUGCCAGAACGUUCCGGAAGAAGCUCGUACUCUUCCCCCGAUGGCCUGCCCAGUAAAUCCUCCCGAGACACCCACAGCUCUCCACAGAGGGACCGUGGAAGGCGGAGAACUGUGUUUGCUCGCCAUAGGCCCCCCCGACACGAAUCCGAAGCAAUCUUCAAAAGCUACAAGUCCAAUGCCAUCUGCACUACCAAGUACAGCUUGUUGACUUUCAUCCCCAUGAACCUGUUCCAGCAGUUCCACAGGGCUGCCAACCUCUACUUCCUGUUCCUGGUGUUACUGAACUGGGUGCCAGUUGUUGAAGCCUUUCAAAAGGAAAUUACCAUGAUUCCUCUGCUGGUGGUCCUCACUGUUAUUGCCAUCAAAGAUGCCCUGGAAGACUACAGACGCUACUUGUUUGACAGGAAGGUCAACAACAAUGUGGUGCAAGUGUUCUGUGGCAAGCUGAAAGCCUACAUUGACCAGUGCUGGAAGGAUGUGCAAGUUGGAGACUUUGUCCGUCUGUCCUGUAAUGAAAUCAUCCCAGCUGACAUGUUGUUGCUGUAUUCCUCUGACCCACGUGGGAUUUGUUACAUCGAUACCGCCAACCUGGAUGGAGAGACCAACCUGAAACAGAGACAGGUGGUUUCAUUGCAGGGAGUAGAGUUCACCGCUGAGAGCUUCCACUGCCUGAUUGAGUGUGAGAACCCCAACAAUGACCUCAGCAGGUUCAGAGGUUACAUGGAGCACCCCAGUGGGGUCCGAGUCGGCCUCCAUAACGGCAACCUCCUGUUGAGGAGCUGCACCAUCCGUAACACUGAGACUGUGGUGGGCAUCGUGGUCUACGCCGGUCAUGAGACUAAAGCCAUGAUGAACAACAGUGGGCCAAGGUAUAAGUGCAGUCAGCUGGAGAAACAGCUGAACACAUACGUCCUGUGGUGUGUGCUUCUGCUCAUCAUCAUGUGUCUGACUUCUGCGAUAGGUCAUGGCCUCUGGCUGAAGAACCUCAAAGACCCUAUCUUUCAGGUUGAUAAGGAGACGUCUCCUGCCCUGGCUGCAUUCUAUGUCUUCUGGACAAUGAUCAUUGUGCUGCAGGUGCUGAUCCCCAUUUCUCUGUACGUGUCCAUUGAGAUUGUGAAACUGGGUCAGAUCUACUUCAUCCACAAUGACUUAGCCCUGUACAACAAGCAGCUGGAUUCCAGGAUUCAGUGCCGGGCCCUCAACAUCACUGAGGACCUGGGCCAGAUCCAGUACCUUUUCUCUGAUAAGACAGGAACUCUGACAGAGAACAAGAUGGUGUUCCGCCGCUGCAGUAUCUAUGGGGUUGAAUACCCUCACGAGGAAAAUGCUCGGAGGCUGGAGGUGUAUGAGACGGAGAAGAUGGAGGCGACUGGUCGCUCUGUGACUCUGAAGUCGGGCUGCAGUGGUAAAUCUCUGAGCUGUCGCUCGCUCAGCUGCAAACACAGCGCUGUGUCUCUGCACACACAUACUGCUGAGGAGGAGGAGGAGGAGGAGGAGGACCAACCGUCCCAUCACUUCCAGCCCAGGACCAGCGCCUUCUGCAGCCGCGUGACGAAGGAGGUGGUACCAGACCCUGAGCUGGUGAGGAAGUUAAAUUGGUUUUGCUCUCCCGUGCUGGCUCUGAGUGACGGCUCCUCUGGAACUCCAUCCAGCUUGGAGCUCACCUGCAUCACUGACUUCUUCCUUGCUCUGGCCAUCUGUAACAGCGUGGUGGUGUCCUCACCCAACCAGCCUCGACAUGCGGUGCCUGAGACACAAACGCCUCUCAAGUCCCUGGAGGAAAUCAAGUUAAUUUUCCAGCGCCUCAGCUUCUCUCCUUUCUCAGCGCUCUCCAGCCUGUCCACACUUCAGACCAAGGGCAGCCCUCACAGCUUCACCAGCAGGCUGUUUUCCCGGGGUAAGACCGGCUCCUUCACCUUCUACACACCCACUAACGGCACCACAGACGGGUCAGAACCAGGCCAAGAAUGCAACCAGGGAACCUCCAACCUGAGGAGUGAAGUGGACUUGUCCUCCAGAGUGGAAGGAGGAGAUGCUGGACAGACGGAGGACAGACAGACAGAAUAUGAUAUCAUGGGUGCAAGGACAAACCCUGAGGAGGCCAGGCAGGAUGUCGAGGACCUGACCAGAGAAGUGGAUUGUGAGAGUGACACUGAUGAUGACCUGCUGUAUGAGGCGGAGAGUCCAGACGAGGCGGCUCUGGUUCAUGCAGCCCAUGCGUACUGCUGCACCCUGAGGGGACGUUCUGCAGAGAGCCUGCUGGUGGAUUUUCCAGGAAUCGGAUCACUGGCUGUCCAGCUACUCCACAUCCUUCCCUUUGACUCCAACAGGAAAAAGAUGUCAGUGGUGGUCCGCCACCCGCUCACAGGGCAGGUGGUGGUUUAUACUAAGGGAGCGGACUCGGUCAUCAUGGACCUGACUGAGACACCUAAAGGUUCAAAGCAGGCUCAGGAGAUCUACAGCCAUAUCAGAGAACAAACCCAAAACCAUUUAGACAGCUAUGCCAGAGAAGGCCUCCGCACACUCUGCAUCGCUAAAAAGGUCCUGGAAGAAGAGGAGUAUGAGGUGUGGUUAAAGGGACAGCUGCUGGCAGAGAGCAGCAUAGAGAACAGAGAGGAGCUGCUGCUGGAGGCAGCUCAGAGACUGGAGAACAACCUCACCCUGCUGGGCACCACGGGGAUCGUGGACAGACUGCAGGAGGAGGUCCCAGACACCAUCGAAGCUCUUCAGAGGGCUGGGAUCAAAGUCUGGAUCCUCACUGGAGACAAAAAAGAGACAGCCAUCAACAUCGCCUAUGCCUGCAAACUCCUUUGUCCCAACGACCAACUGCUGACAGCCAACUGUGGAAGCAAGGAUGCAUGUGCAGCUUUGCUCGAGGAGCUCAAACUGAAAGUGCAGCGUGGUGGAGACCGUGAGACUGCAGCAGGGGAUCCUGAAGAAUCCUCCUCGGGGAGAAUGGAAGGCUUUAUCCUGGUUCUGGACGGACGGACUCUGGACUGGGCCCUGCAGGAGGAGCAGAGGAGUGACUUCCUGGAGCUGAGCCAGAGAUGCAAGGCAGUCAUCUGCUGCAGGUCCACUCCGCUGCAGAAGAGCAAGGUGGUCCAGCUGAUCCGGGACCAGCUUGGUGUCAUGACCCUGGCUGUGGGUGAUGGAGCCAAUGAUGUGAGCAUGAUCCAGGUGGCUGAUGUGGGCGUUGGGAUAUCUGGUCAGGAGGGCAUGCAGGCUGUGAUGUCCAGUGACUUUGCUAUCUCCAGGUUUAAACACCUCCGGAAAUUGCUGCUUGUCCAUGGCCACUGGUGUUACUCUCGUCUUGCAAACAUGAUCUUCUAUUUUAUCUACAAGAAUGUGAUGUAUGUGAAUCUGCUGUUCUGGUAUCAGUUCUUCUGUGGUUUCUCUGGGAGCGUCAUGACCAAUGCCUGGGUGCUCAUCCUCUUCAACCUGAUCUUCACCUCCAUUCCUCCACUCAUCUAUGGCGUCCUGGAACGAGACAUUCCUGCACACACUCUGAUGGAGCUGCCUGAGCUCUACCAGGCGGUGCAGACCUCCAAGGUCUCUGUUCCCUACAUGUUUUGGAUCACAGUCCUGGAUGCGUUUUACCAAAGCCUCAUCUGCUUCUUCGUGCCUUACUUUGCUUUCGCAGGAUCCAGCGUUAGUGAGCUGUCCUUCGGCUCUCCCAUCAACGCCUCAGCUCUUCUCAUCAUCCUGCUGCACCAAGUCAUCGAGAGUCACACUCUGACGUGGAUUCAUGUGCUGGUGUUGGUGCUCAGUGGUGGGUUCUACUUCGGCUUUGUGCUGCUCUUCAGUUUGUUCUGUGUGACCUGCAGCCCCCCCACCAACCCUGUGGGGGUGGAAACCCUGGAGAUGUCCCAGCCUCUUUUCUACAUUGUAUGUGCUCUCACUACUGUAACAGCUCUGUUACCCAGGCUGUUGUUUCGAGCUCUGUACCACACCUUACACCCCUCUGCUGUUCUAAAAUCAGCUCGGAUGGAUAAAGUGGAUUCAGAGAAGUACUGCAGGAAAAUGCAGCACUGGAACCUGAGCCAGUCCAGAGGCAACAGGCUGCCACUCUGUGCCGACAACCCGGGCCUGGAGCCCAGCACAGCCUCAGUGGUGUCCUGACGUCCCUUUACACACACACACACACACACACACACACAUGCGUGCACUCAGGCAGGCAAUGUAAGAAGAAAGUUCAUCAGAAAGACUACUGAUAUGGACAUGCUGGUGCAGAAUAGAUUUUCUUGUGCAAUAAAAGGCGAUGUAUGGAUGUACCCUUUCUGUGGCACUGCUCCAUUCCUCAGCUAUGCAUACAUUCUGCUCACAGAUGCUUGUUUACGACAUGUCAACAGCCAAAGAUGUUUUGAGAAACUAACAAUGAAAGAUGGAUGUUCUACUCAGUGAAUGAAUAGUGAGCAUUUGUUAAAUAUCUUACCAAGCAUUUAUGGGAGCAGAAUCUGUGAAACAUGUAGAGAACAUUUUUACAAUUUAGCUGUAUGUAUCAUUUGCACAUCAAGAAAUCAGGAAUGAGACCUCUAUUGGCCUUCAGUUUGUACUACAGUUAACAUUGUGAGCUAGCAGACUGAUGGAUUAUCAAGGUUAUGUUCACACUGCAGGGGAAAGAGACCAAUUAAAAUCAUAUUUCAUAGAUCAUG